GGCGUGGCUCCCAGCUGCUCUCGCGAGAUCCGCGCGCCGGCCUGGUAAACACAGGCAGGGAGCCGAACCCCCUCCCCCUAUCUAGAGGGCGCCCCCUGCUGCGGCCGGGGAAGCCCCCUGCUGCUGCGCCCAGGGAACGCCGCUGACGUCACUGACGGAGGGAGCCCCCUGCUGCCUGCCGGGGGGGGGACUCCCAUGAGCCAGGCCGGAGUGAGGGGACCCCCCCCGCCCCAGCAUGAGCAGGUCAACGUGGCCCCUGGUCAUCGCUGCCCUGCUGGUGCCCCUCGUCCUGCUGCUGCCUCCUGCCGCUGCCUACAUCCAUGCCGUGUCAGAGCACAACUCCAGCAUGGACUUCUCGGACCUGCCCGCGCUCUUUGGGGCGCCACUGCCCCGCCUCGGCCUCCUGGGCUUCCUGGUGGAGGCGCGGCCCAGCAAUGCGUGCCAGGCCCUGGAGCCGCCACCGGGCCCCAAUGCCAGCGUCUUUGUGGCCCUUGUGCGCCGCUACGACUGUGACUUCGACCUCAAGGUGCUGCACGCACAGCAGGCUGGCUUUGGCGCAGCCGUGGUGCACAACGUCGGCUCUGACAAGCUGCUCAACAUGUUCUGGAACGACGAGCGCGUGAGGGAGCAGGUCUCAAUCCCGGCUGUGUUUGUGGGCGAGACGACGGCUGAGUACCUGCGCGCCGCCUUCACCUAUGACAAGGGUGCUCAUGUGGUCCUGAUGCCCGAGUCCAUCUUCCCGCUGGGCUACUACCUUGUCCCCUUCACUGGCGUUGUGGGUGUCAUCAUCGCUGUCAUGUGCACCAUCCUGAUUGUGCGCUGCAUCCAGCACCGGAAGCGCCUCCGCAGGAACCGGCUCUCAAAGGAGCAGCUCAAGAAGAUCCCGGUACACAAGUACAAGAAAGGGGAUGAAUAUGAUGUCUGCGCCAUCUGCCUGGACGAGUAUGAGGAGGGUGACAGGCUCCGCAUCCUGCCGUGCGCCCACGCCUACCACAGCCGGUGCGUGGACCCGUGGCUGACACGGACACGGAAGACCUGCCCUGUGUGCAAGCAGCGGGCACUGCACAGCCCUGAUGACUCAGACUCUGAGGGCGAGGAGCACGGGGGGCCGGACCCCCCACCUGGUGACGGCGACCCCCCCUCUGAGACCACCCCCCUGUUGUCCCCUGCCGCCCCCUCCUUUGGCAGCCUGGACCCUGUGCCCCCUGGCCCUGUCCUGGUUUGACCCCCCUACAAUGGGGGGCUUUUACCCCCCCAUACCCAGCUGGGGGUGCUUUUAAACCUACUUAUACAAGGGAGGGGGCUUUUAACCCCCCCUUGCUGGGGGGAGCACUCCUAGGUUCCCCAUUCCCCUGAGUGUCCUGGGUGGGCAGGGCUGUGUGUGCCUGAGCCCCCCACCCGUAGACACAUGGAUUCUCCAGGCAGCCUCCCCAGCAGGUGCUUGGGGGGCCAUGCGGCCCCCCCCCCAUAUGAAUAUGGAGAUGGGGGGGCAGUGCUGCCCCCUUCUCCCACCCCCAAGGCUA